AUGGUAGAAGUUUCGCUCACAGUCGGGAAACUCGACGCAUCCCUUGCCGUGUUGCUCACCAAAGAUCACCACCUCAUCGAAUUCCCCACGAUUUUAUUGCCGCUGGGUGUGAAAGGCGGACUGAUCGUCAAAAUCAAAUGUGAACACGAUAUCGACACCGAGAUCCAGGAGAAGAAACAGUUCCAGCAGAUCCAGGAUGAAAUCUACGAAAUGUUCGGCAAAAACGUGCCCAAGGCUCCGAUUCUUGGUGUUCGCAACGUCACACAGACUUCGUGUGUAUUGCAAUGGGAACCAUUGGACUUAGGCACUGCCUCAUUCAAGAGCUUGGUGUUGUAUCGCGAUGACUCGAAGCUCUUUUCUGUGCCGAACCCACUCUCGAACCGGACGACCAAAUUGUCGGGAUUGGGCAUCGAUAAACUGUUCCUGUUUCAAUUGCGGUUGGACACCACUGCUGGCGUGUUUAUGUCCGAUAAGAUUGUUGUGACAACCCAUAAAAUGACCGAUUUGUCCGGAAUAAAUGUAUGUGUUCAGGACAUCGGUGCCAAUGAAGAGUUUACCAUUGAUGAUAUCAACCAGGCUUUGAAGAACAUGGGUGCCCACAGCCCUGCUCACGAUAAGAUGCGUGUAGACACCACACAUUAUAUCACCACACGUGAAAACAAGGACAACCCCGAAUACGUGAAGGCCUGUGAAAUGAAUGUUCCGAUUAUCCGUCCUGAGUGGCUUAAGCAGUGUGAGCGUGAGCGUAGAAUUGUGGGCGUGCUGAACUUCUACGUCAAGGAAUGUGCGUUGCCGAACAUCAUGGCGGAAAAGUAUUGGGCCGAUUCUCUGAAAUCGGUGUCCAAGCUGCUUCCAGAGCCUGCUUCCAACACUGUACCAAGUGUCCACGUCACAGAGCUGUCUGACACUGAGGCCGAAAGUAAGGUCAACACUAAAAAAGAAGACACGAUUGAAAAGCCAGAGUCUUCUGAAACUAAAAAUACGGAUGAAGUUGCCGAUAAAGAGCCUGAGGUUGCGGAAAAAGAGCCUGAGGUUACAGAGAAAGAGCCUGAGGUUACAGAGAAAGAGCCUGAGGUUACAGAGAAAGAGCCUAAGGUUACAGAGAAAGAGCCUAAGGUUACAGAGAAAGAGCCUAAGGUUACAGAGAAAGAGCCACUGCAAGUUGAGACAGACAAAGACCAGCCCAAGACCGAAAUUGACCAAGGUCUUGAGAAAGAGGUUCCUGUAGACUCCACUGAUGCUAUGCAAGAUGAUUCUAAACCUGUUGUUGUCGAAGAAUCCAAGGACAACAAUGAAAUAGUGGCCAAAGAAAGUGCAGAGUCUGCAGAAGGACUUCCGAAAACUCAAGAAAUUGAUGAGAGCCUGUCGCAAUCAAAGACCACAGACGAACAUACAGAUGAGAGCCUGCGACUUGCCGAAAACAAGACCACUGGGGCUACAGACUCGCAGGUAGAGGAGCAGUUGUCCUCAGGGGAUAAGGAAGAACCGCCGGCCGAUGACCUUGAAACAGUAGACCUCAAUAGUUUAUAG